GUGUGGUGGCGCUGUGGCGGGCGUUGUCGGCUCCGGCCUGGUUCGCUGGAUCAGCCUGCCCGCUGGCGUCAGCUCAGAAAUUGUCGUCUCUCCUGGAAAACGCGCAGUGAACCCCACAUUACAGUCAUUUAAGUCAGUGGGAAGUUGCACCUACAAAAUUCACUUUUAUGUGAAAACAAGAUCUCCAUUCUUAGAAUGGAUGAAAAGAAAAAGAUGGAAAAUUCCUCUAUUAAUUCCAGUGCACAAAAUUCAAGUGAUGUGAGAACAAAGCAAGCAUCAGGUGCAAGCAGUGAAGUUUAUCAUCCUAAGAGAGAUGUUUUGUUAAUGGAAGAACCUAAGAAAUGUUAUUUAUUGCGUGAGCUCACUACAGAAAGAGCAACUAUUGAAAAAGGGAUGUUGGAUGUUGAUCGACUCAUUCUUAAACUCUUUACAUCUGGUGUUCUGGACUUCAUCUCCUUGAAUAAUAUCACUAGAAAUCCAGUCAGGAAUGAUCGGACUCGAGCUCUGCUGGAUCACUUUUUACAGCUUAAUAACAAUGGGAUUUUAAGACAGUUUGUUUCUCACAUGCGCGACUCAGUGAUUCUAAAUGCGGAAGCACUAAACUGGGCUGAGUAUAUGCAAGGAUGCAGUGACAGCUGCUGUAUGUUCUUCAUUAAGAAAUAUGGUGAUGUUUUUAAAUACGUAUUGGAAGAAUAUGGCGUGAAGAGAUUUAAUGAAUAUUUCCUGAAAUCGGGAAUGCUGACUGAAUCUGAGAGCAAGGAUUUAUGCAAGUACAGCUAUAAGGAGGGAGCAGAGCGUUUUAUGCACAUCCUAUUCACCAAAAAAACCAUUCUAUGUGUAGCGGAUAUGUGGUUUACAUUAGUGGAACAUAAGCAUGAUAUUCCUUACCUGGGACCAUAUAUCAACAGCUUCCUGAAAGCAUUUGAUGAACAAACUGGACCUUUCUGCCCACAAUUUGAUCCACAAUUGCCAGUCAAGCCUCUAUUAACAAAGAGGUGCUAUGUUAAUCUAUACCGCCUGCUUCAUUUAAUACAUGUUGAAGGCACAGAAGUUGUUAGGAGAAUUUUUGAUGCCCAUGUCUCAGCAGAAGAAUUGGAAGAAGAAAUCACGAAGAACAAAGUUUUAAUCAAGAAUCGUUUGGAGGGACCAGAUUUUAGCAACUUCAAAAAAAAAUGGAUCAAUAUUAUUUAUUCAACAGACAAAUCAAAAACUCUUCAUUUCACAUUGCCUAUUUUUCAAUUUCUUGCUGUGUUUAUGAAGAAGUUUCCCCGUCCCAAAAAGGGCUGGACUGGUAGGCUUGCAAAAUCAGACACAUCCCCAGGAGCUUAUCUGCGGCGAAUUGGUGAAAUGCGAGACCACCUCUUGAAAGAUAUUUUGCACAAAUGUCUAUCCUAUGAAAAAUUUGACAGAAUGUGGAAUGAAGCUUCGGAGAUACUUGGUCAGCUUGGCGCGGAUGAAAAGAGAUUGCAAGAACUUCGCAUGCAGCCAAUGAGUAUUGUAUUUGUUGAAAGGAGAUACAUGGAGAAAUACUUUAAUAAGCCUCUGUCUGAACUUUUGGAGGAACUUAUUGUUAAACAACACAAAAGAAUUGAUUCUAUUUGUGCUUGUUCAUUGGCAAAGGAUACGAGUGCAGAACAAAAGCUUGAAGAUAAAGUGGCCGAAACAAAAGUGGCGGAGCCAAAGGUGGCCGAAACAAAGAUAGCCAAAACAAAAGUGGCUGAAACAAAAGUGGCCGAGACAAAGGUGGCCGAAACAAAAGUGGCCGAAGCAAAAGUGGCCGAGACAAAGGUGACCGGAGACUCAAAAUCAAAAAAAAGGCGAAAAAAGUCUAGAAAAAGGGGUAAAAAGUCAGAAGUUGGUCCCCAGGCAUUUCCACAGGAUGUUGGUGUGCUCCAAGAAUUAAAAAGUACACCAACUCAAAACACGGAAAUUCCUAAGGACCAAACUCAAGAAAUCACAGAGAAACCCGAAGCCACAGAAACAGCUUUGAAAUCUGAACAGAGCAAUGUAGAAACUGUGCCUGAUCCUGAGGAUAGUCUGAAGAUGUCUGCACCUUGUCUUGUUUCUGCUGCUUCUCCAACUGAAUCGUGUGACUCUAAGGAUAGGAGUGAAGAUGAAUCUGAAAUGGAGACUAGCCAGGAGAAGAUUUCGAAUGGAAUGGUAAAUGUUUAUGUCAAUACUGAUGAUGUGGAUUUCAAGGAGACUUUCAAAAGAAUAGAAGCGGAGAGGACUGAAUUGACUCGUUAUAUUGAAGAUCUGCGUGACAGCUGCAAGCAGACAGAAAAUGAAAGCUAUCUUGAAAUCAAAGGAUGGAAACAAAGAAUUCAAGAGCAAGAGAAAGAAAAUGCAGGCAUCCAGCAAGAAAUUAAUAUUGUCCACCAUCAAUUCCAGGAAGAAUCUAACAGGAUGGAUCAGGAACAAAUAAAUCAUCAAACACAAUUACAGAAAGUCAAGGAAUUAAUUAGAGUUAAAAAAGCUCAAUGUGAAAGGUAUGUAAAAUCAUUGAAUGACAAGAAUGAGGAACUGCUGAAACUAAAAAAAGAACUGGAAAAUGAACAGGAAAAAUGGUGCUAUGAACAGCGAAAGCUGGAAGUAGAGAUUUCAAAUGCACAACAGACUGAAACAGAGAAUAUUAAAAAAGCAAUCAGUCAAGAGUGUCUUUUGCUGGAGAUGCGCAGAGAUUUCUUACUCAGUAACCUGGAAGAAGCUGUGUUGGAGACGGAACAUCAGCUCAGCAUGCUCAUGGAUAAGACAAAGGGGCCAAUUGCUGAUCCAUCACAUAUUCAAGCUACUGUGAACAAAUGGGAUGCUACUGCUGCUGAUCUCAGAAGCAAGAUUGAAUAUAUAAAGAAAAAUUUCAAUAAUCAUAUUCAGCUGAUCAAAAAUGGAGCUAAACUAAGUGAUCUUCCAGAACUCAUCAAUCCUGAACCACAAUACCCGCUAGCUUUGCAUGUUCCAAAAUCUGGGAAGAAAACAAGCUCUCCUAGUUUACCAUUGCCCCAGCAUUCUCUCCGUUUACAUUCAGCUAUUAAUGCUGCAGCCGCCAUUGUGACGCCAGCAUCAAGCCAGUUGCAUGGAUAUAGACACAGGUCAGGAUUAAGCAAUUUUGAUGAGCCAGGACAAAUUGAGAAGGAAUCAUGGAUGGGUGUUGAGUAUCAACAACAGCUUCUGCAGCAUCAGGAGAGUACUGAGGAAGACCCAUGUGUCAUUUGCCAUGAGGAAUUAGUUCCCCACAAAGAUUGUUAUGAGCUGGAAUGCAAGCAUACUUUUCACAAAAAGUGUAUUGAUUACUGGCUGAAGGAACAAAGUACAUGUCCUAUUUGCAGGAUUCUUGUACUAAAGCCAGAGGACUAUCCACAGCUGCCAAAAAAAUAAGGGAUUUGAACAUAACAUCCUCUGAUCUGCCCAGCUCACUUAACUCUACUAAAGUAUGCUCCACCUGCUAUGAAGGAAAUUGAACUGAAGCCAGAACUGUGUUUGGUUCUUUGGAGAGAAAUAGAGGAAAAAUAAACAUACGCGUAAAAGAAAAUGGCCAAGGAAAAUUCAGUUCAAACACUUGAGAGAAACCUGCAGGCUGAUGUGGUUGAACGUACAAUACAGAGGUUAUGGAAAUGUCAGAAAUUCCUUGCAAUGUUGGUACUAAUAAGUAAUUUGUAAUUGUUUUCCCUAUUAUGCCUCUUGGAGUGCAAAAGUUCAUUUGAGGAAUCACAGUACCAAUGAUUUCCCCUGUUUUUAAGAAAGCCAAGUACAGGAUGCAAUUAUGUGGGUAAACAUAGAAGCUACAGUGGCAGCCCUCAGGCCAGAUACUGCAAUUGGUCUUUCGUUUGGUAUGUGUGACAUUCGAUCAGUUGAAAUAGUUACAGAUUUGAUGGGUAUUUAUUAAUAUUCUAUUCCGUUUACUAUUUAUUCAACAAGGAUAUAAUGAUUUAGUUAUUUUAUAAAAUAAUUGACUUUAUUUGGUACAGUAUCAAGCUGAAAUGUGCUGAAGUCUUUCAUACACAGUAAAUUACUUUGGACAUGUUUGUAAAUGUGGUAACUAAUCUGUAACAUUAAAGUCUCAUAAACAGCAAGAAGAUGAA